AUGGCUCGAACCAUCACCAUGAUCUUCCUCUUAGCCACGCUGCUGAUGGCAGCUACGACUGUUUCAGGACAGGGACCACAGAUUCCACUGGCUCCUAGUCCUGCAGUCAACGAGGUAAUGAACUGUGCCGCGGGUUUGGCUAUUUGUGUUCCGGCCAUGACUCAGGGAGGACCUUUGUCGCCUGAUUGCUGCACCGCCUUGGAGACUGCUAUGAAAACGCAGCUACCUUGUCUUUGCGGACUUAUCAAAAGCCCUAUGUUGUUGGUCCCUUUCAAUGUCACUGUCUUCAACGCUCUUCUCUCCCAAAGUUGUGGACACACCGCCGAUCCUAACUUGUGUUCCGAAACUACCGCUCAAGCUCCUUUGCCGCAGACAAAGGCACCAAGUCCAGUACCAACCAAAUCUGAGAAGGAUGCUGCAAGCAAAGUCGCAAGAACAGGCUUGGUCGGAAUCGUCUUGAUCACGAUCGCUUUAAUGUUUUAA